AUGAAAUAUUUCAUAAACUCGAAGUUAUGGCAUCCAAGCUUUUACUACUCGGUCUACUCGUAAAUCUUCUCAUGCUCACAGAUGCCGAACCCGUAGGCGUAUGCAACGGUCGAAAUGGCAACAAUUUGCCAUCAGAACAAGACGUUGUAACCCUUUUCCAAAACAAAGGCAUAUCAAGGAUGAGAAUAUAUGAUCCAAAUCAAUCUCAAGCCACACUUGAAGCACUCGGCGGAACCAACAUCGAAGUCAUGAUUGGCGUUCCUAAUGAUGCUCUUCAAUCACUCACUGAUCAAAAUGCCGCAAACACAUGGGUUAACAACAACAUCGUAAAGUACUCAAACGUCAACUUCAAAUACAUCGCGGUUGGAAAUGAAGUUGAUCCAAAUAACGAGAACCGUGGGUACGUAGAUUUUGUACUCCCCGCCAUGCAAAAUAUACACAACGCUAUUAAAGGUGCGGGCCUUGAUGACCGGAUUAAGGUGUCAACCGCGACCUACACGGGUCUUUUGGAGAACACAUCUCCACCAAGUCAUAGUGCAUUUAGAGGCAAUGUGCAAGGGUUUAUUGGGCCUAUAGUUAAAUUUCUAGUAGAAAACAACUUGCCAAUGCUAGCCAAUAUUUACCCUUACUUUGGUUACCUUGGUGACCCUAACAAAAAUCUCCAAUACGCAUUGUUUACCGCACAAGGGACAGUGGUGCCUGAUGACAAUGGUCUACAGUAUUCCAACCUUUUUGAUGCCAUGUUAGAUGCGCAUUAUGCAGCUCAAGCGCGUGUCGGUGGGGAGAAUGUGGAGAUUGUUGUGUCUGAGAGUGGAUGGCCUUCAGAAGGUGGCGAGGAAGCGACACCAGACAAUGCUGGAACUUACUAUAAGAAUUUGGUUGAGCAUGUUAGAGGGGCGACGGGCACGCCCGCAAAGCAGGGAAUAUCUAUAGAGACGUAUUUGUUUGCGAUGUUUGAUGAGAACCUGAAAGGUGGAGCCGAGACGGAGAAACAUUUUGGGAUUUUUUCCCUGAGUCAACAACUUAAGUAUGAUGGGUUAACCUUCAAUUAGGAAGGCUAGCUUGGCAUUUGUCAAAAAAAAAGUGAUUUAUAUUUAAUAAAUCGAUAAUGAAUUAAAGAAUUAUGUUUGAUUA